UCCUCUCUUCAGGGUGAGCUGGAGAUGGUGGACCACCUUGCAAACACCGAGAUCAACAGCCAGCGCAUUGCUGCCGUGGAAAACUGCUUUGGGGCUUCUGGGCAGCCCUUAGCCUUGCCGGGCAGGGUCCUCCUGGGAGAAGGGAUUUUAACCAAAGAAUGCCGCAAGAAACCAAAGCCUCGCAUAUUCUUCCUUUUCAACGACAUCCUCGUCUACGGCAGCAUCAUCAUCAACAAAAGGAAGUACAACUCCCAGCACAUCAUCCCCCUUGAAGAUGUCACUUUGGAGACGCUGCCAGACACCUUGCAGAUGAAGAACCGCUGGAUGAUUAAAACCUCCAAGAAGUCCUUUGUGGUUUCCGCAGCCUCCCUCACGGAGAGGAAGGAGUGGAUCAUUCAUCUGGAGGAGUGCAUCAAGCACCUGCUGACCAAGACGGGCCGGCAGCCCUGCAGGGAGCCCGCGGCCCCCUGGAUCCCAGACAAGGCCACGGACAUCUGCAUGCGCUGCACGCAGACCAAGUUCUCCACGCUCACCCGCAGGCACCACUGCCGCAAGUGA